AAUGACACUUGGAAGAGCCAAUAAAUUCAGCAGCUCGCAGAUUGGAAUAGACAUGAUCGAGUAACAAAACAAACAAACUCAAUCAUACAAAAUUUUUUCAAAGCUGAUUUAUUGUAGUCCUUAAGGUCUCUCUCUCUUAGUUGCCAAGUUUUAUUGUACCUAUCUGGUUGGCUGUAAUAAUAUUGUAGUCCUAAGGUCUCUCUCUUGCUCUUUAAUUGUUUUGUUGUAGUGCUCUUGUAGCAUUAUUGUAGUCUUCUCUAGGAGUUCAAGUGGGUCACACUGGCUGAAAAGAGAAACACUUCUCAAUUGUUUCCAAUUUCUGUUACCCUCUGUCAGCCCACUUUCCCUGAUAAGAUCUCCAUUCUCCAAUCCAAUUUCUCUCUCUCUCUCUCUCUUUUCUCCUUGAUUCUACCUCAAAUAAAGCAGAUACUCUUUCCCCUAACUAUCUCUCCCUUCAGUGGUUACUGUAAGACUGUAGCAAAGCCCACUUUCUCUUUCACAUUUUGUGAGAUCAACCCAUCUUCCAGCUCUUGUUUCUCUCAUGUGUAAAUGAGUAUCCCCCAUCUGUUCAGGUGCCCAAUUAGUCUUGACCUUCUCACUGAUCCAGUCAUCUUAAGCACAGGCCAAACCUAUGACAGAGCAAGCAUUGAGAAAUGGCUCUCUUAUGGAAACCAGACUUGCCCUGUAACAAUGCAGAAACUCCAUGACUUCUCCAUGAUCCCCAACCAUACGCUUCGCCAACUUAUUGAUCGAUGGCUUCUUUGUGAACUCAAGAACCCGGGUUCAAUUGCUCGUGACAGUUCGUUGGAAUCACUGAAACAAAUCCUCGAAUCUCAACAGCCUCCGACGCUGGAAUUGAUGCAAAAGAUCAGAUCUUUAUCUGCUGAAUCAGAUGAAAACAGGGUCUCCAUGGUUCAAAUGGGGUACCUCCCUUUGCUCCUUAAAAUCAUGUUUACAGAUCAUUCCAUGAAGUACUUUCUCUCUAUAGAAAACUCAUGCAUUGCAGAGGAAGCACUUGAUGCCGUCCUGAACCUCUUACCGAACAGUCAAUUGGGUCCUCUACUUUUACUAAGAGAAGCCUCUGCCAUGAAUGCUUUGCUUGUUUUGUUAAAGGGUGGCACCAUGAAGAUCAAAAUUAGCAUAUGCCAACUAAUGGUCGCCAUAUCUUCAUCUCAUGACCUCAAAGAGCUUUGUUAUGAAAUUGGGCAAAACCAAGUCAUAUUGCAGGGUCUAAUCAGCGUUAUGCAACACAGCCAUCAUGUGGGUGCACUCAAUGCUGGAAUUAGGGCCCUCUCUAGCCUUGCUCUCUCUCUUACAACUGUUGAAAUCACCAUCGAAGCUGGCAUAAUUGAUAGUUUAGUAGAAUGCGUGAUGCAAGCCGAUAAGAGCAAUGUGUCCCUAGCUUUGGCCGCAAUCGAACACCUCUCUAGAAUUGAGAGUGGGAAGAAGGUUUUGAGAGAAAAUCCUCUGGCGAUUCGGGUUCUCGUGAAGUUGGUUUUCAGGGUCUCGGAUCACGAAGGGAGUGAGAAUGCAAUUGGGUGUCUUCUGGUCAUAUGUGAAGAGUCCUUGAGUGCACAAGAGGUAGCCAUUAACGAAGGGAUUCUAACACAGCUCUUGCUUCUUUUGCAGAGCCAGUGCAACAGUAGGGCAAAAACUAAGGCGAGGGUCCUGCUCAAACUGCUCAGAUCCAAGCGGGUUGUGGAGCCUUGCAUGUUUGGAAGUUCGCACCCAAGAUUGAUUCCAUGGAGUUAGUACUGAUUUUUUUUUCCAUGUUUUUUUUCACUUUGCCCUGUGCAGUUGAAAUGUGUAUCUAGUAUUAAACAAUGCAUCCGGGUUUGUAAUGCAUUGCCUUUGUCAAUUACAAAUAUGGUGCCACGAUAUUUGGAAA